UCUUGCUCACGCUGUUGAGGAAACCUGCAGUUCAGUUCACAGCAACACUAGAUAUUUACCCCUCGGCUCAGAAGAUCCCAGAGAUGAUAAAACAAGACACAGAAGAGUCUGCCACCCAGGGCAGUGAGGAUGCUCCACCUACAGCAGGAGGGACGGAGUCACCUGCAGCUGCUAAAGACAGCUUGGACAGCAACAGCCCCAAAGAGUCUGAACCACAGACGCCACAGACAGACACACCUCCACAAGGCGAUGAGGGGGGAAGUGAAGUUGCAGAAGCCGCACUUUCAUGCGACAUGGCUGAGGAGCUGAGCCGGCAGCUGGAGGACAUCCUCAGCACCUACUGUCGGGAGAGCAUUUCAGACGACGCCAGCAUGGUGCCUAACGGGCAGUCACACAGCCCAGAGCUCAACGGGCUGACCAACGAGAGGGAGGACGACAAGCCAGAGGACAAAGUCAACGGAGCUGGCAACGGCGUGGAGAAGGAGCAGAAGAAGACUCAGGAGAAGAAGAAAGUGAAGGGUCUAGGCAAAGAGAUCACGCUUCUCAUGCAGACUCUGAACACGCUGAGCACCCCAGAGGAAAAGCUCGCAGGCCUCUGUAAGAAGUACGCUGAACUGCUGGAGGAGCACCGCAACACUCAGAAGCAGAUGCGAGUUCUGCAGAAGAAACAGAACCAGCUUGUCCAGGAGAAAGACAACCUGAGGAACGAACACAGCAAGGCCAUCCUGGCUCGCAGCAAGCUGGAGAGUCUGUGCAGGGAGCUGCAGCGACACAACCGCUCACUCAAGGAGGAGGGGAUGCAAAGGACGCGUCUGGAGGAGGAGAAAAGGAAGGAAGUCACCUCCCAUUUCCAGGUGACACUAAAUGACAUCCAGGCUCAGAUGGAGCAGCACAACGAGAGGAAUGCCAGUCUGCGACAAGAGAACACGGAGCUGGCUGAGAAACUCAAGAAGCUCUAUGAACAGUACAAACUACGAGAGGAGCACAUAGACAAAGUGGUGAAGCACAAAGACCUGCAGCAACAGCUGGUGGACGCCAAGCUGCACCAGGCUCAGGAGCUGCUCAAGGAGUCAGAGGAGCGCCACGACAGAGAGAAAGAAUUUCUACUGAAAGAAGCGGUGGAGUCUCAAAGGAUGUGUGAGCUGAUGAAGCAACAGGAAGUUCACCUCAAACAGCAGCUUUCACUGUACACAGAGAAGUUUGAAGAGUUUCAGACCACUUUGUCCAAGAGCAACGAGGUCUUCACCACAUUCAAACAGGAGAUGGAGAAGAUGACCAAAAAGAUCAAGAAGCUGGAGAAGGAGACGGCCAUGUAUCGGUCCAGGUGGGAGAGCAGCAACAAGGCUCUUCUGGAGAUGGCAGAGGAGAAAUCAGUGCGGGACCGUGAGUUUGAGGCUCUGCAGGGUAAAGUCCAGCGGCUGGAGAAGCUGCGGCGGGCGCUAAAAGUCGAACGCAACGAGCUCAACAAGAAGGUUCAAAACCUCAGCGGUCAGGACGGAGGCACAGCAGGAGCCCCCACCUCCGACCCCGGGACUGACUCCCCCUCUCCACCACCCACAGACUCUUUACUAGAGCCCAGCAGCCACCCUGUCCCUGACAGCACCCCCUGCUCCCAGUCCUGCCGCUGUGAGCCUGAACUGGACUCACACAGCCUCCUAGAGGAGGCAAAAGCUCCGCCUGUGGCCGCGCAGGAAUGAAGCGACGCUGCUCACAGUCUCCUCUCUCCCCUCCAGCAUCAAGCCACCUAACUAUAAGCCACCAGCCUGCAAGCCACUCCUCCUCCGCUGGAUGAAGCUGAUCACAUAGCAAGGCUAGCUCGUGUCCUCCCAGCAUGCUCUGCAGGCUUUCUAAAGGUGAUGAGAAGAUUGUGCCUCAUCGGUCAGUACAUUUACAUGCACACCAUGACUAGGUUACUGAGAAUGACCUUUUUAAGAUGAAAGUUAUCUUGACUAAUGUGGUUAAGUAAUUAGCACCAGAAAUAAAUCCAUUCUUCAGUUGAAAAUAACCUAUUUUUUGGUGACACUCCAAGAGUGUGUUACAUAUGCUGCUGCUUGUGUCGAAACAUGGCUUUCAUGCCACAAUACGAUGUCAGUGGUUAACUCUUAAUAAUAACUUUAUUCAUACAGCACUUUUAAAAACACGAACAAAGCAAGGCAGAGGUGAUAAAAGUUGAUAAUACCAAACAAAGGCCAGACAAGAGUCAAUGUAGAAUUAGAUUGGAGAUUUUAGGCAGAAACAUGUUAGAAAUAUGAUAACAAAAUAAAGGCAUUUAACACGGAAGAUUAGUAAUAAUGAUAAUAAUAAUAAGCUGGAUCAAGACAGAAUAAAGAGAUUUGUUAAAAGACAAUUAAAAAGUCUAUAAAAUGGGUUUUAAUAAUAGAUUUAAAAGAAGCCACUGAUUAAUGGAUUAACCACCAAGAAUAGUUUUGACCUUUUAUGCAUGUCUGUCUAUAGAUUCAUUUUGCUACUCUUUAAUUCACUGCUCUGGGUACCAUCCAAAUCUGGAAGGAGCCGUGUUAACGUGGAAACAUGGAACCCACUGCUGUUUGGGCUUCACUGCUUAGCUGAUGUUAGCCUUAGCUGCUCUGCACUGGGUUAGCAAGCAGCGCUGCUGUGGAAACAUUGUGCCCAAGUGUCCCCUUGGGUCACCCCAGUGAGUAAGCAGUUCAGUUUUAAGCCUUUAGCAUUGUUGACUAUUGUUAACUCUGUUAGCACUGUUAGCAUCGCCGGCAGGGCUAGUGGUGCUGACAUAGUAAACAAUGCUAAAGGGGGUUUGUGGCUUAAAAUGAAGGCACAUACUCAUGAGGGGGACCUGAAAGAAAGACCAGAGGUUUAGCUAAAUGUUUUAUCUUCAGCAGGGACGGCGGUGUUUGCCAGCUUCCACCCAAUGUUUCUACAGCAAAGUGCUGAGCAGCCAGUGCUAUCAGUGGCUAACCAAUGUUGACUGAUGGGUGGGGAGAAGGCAUGAUGUUAACGCAUGUUAACCCAGCUAGAAGGCUGUCUGUCAGCAACAGAUGGUAAAAUGAAAUUAAAAACAUUUCCAAUACGAAACAUUCAAAUUUCACCACCUCCAGAACGAUGACACUUUAAAACGCGCAAAAAUUCACUUUGUGCGAACUGUCCCUUUAACUUGACUAAAACAGCUCUACAACUUUCCAUGACAGCUACAACAAUCUGAGCUAGUCUUAGUGUGAAUGUAAAUGUACAGACUGUGCUGUUCUCUUUUACUACACAUUCCCUUUCUGAAACAGCGCUGCUCGGGAUGACACAAGCCAAUCUGACGAGGAGUCAUCAGAGUGUGUGUGUGUGUGUGUGUGUGUGUGUGUGUGUGUGUGCGCGUGCGUGCGUGCGUGCGUGCGUGCGUGCGUGCGUGUGCGCGGCCACUCAGUUUGUCUCAUUUACAUCUUGAGAAUCAAAGUGGUCGGAAGGAGUUUGACUCACAGCUCGCCAUAAAGGCCACUUGUCAUAAUUUACUGAUUUUGUUUCAGGUGAAGUCUUAACAGAGAUGUGAGUCAAAUAAUUUCUUUAGCCAAAUCAAGUUCUUAAUAACAAAGAAAUAAUAUAGAAUUCUGCAGAAUUAUUGAAGGAAAUUUCUCAUUCUUAAUGUCCGCACAGCUCAAAUGCACACAACAGCAUUUGUAAUUUGAUCUGAGUUGUUGCUUGUAGACAUUUCUCUGCUCAUGUUUUUGUUUUUUUUUUUGCUUGUUUGCAUCACACUGCUUUGUUUCUGUUUGAUUUUGUGGUCUGUAUUUAUUGUUGACAGCAUAAUCUUAUAUUGAUAUGCAUCCUAUAAGAGCACCACUAUAACAAUAUAUGUUUAUUUUUUAUGAAUUUAGAAAUGUAUUAAGGUGACACUUUAAUGACCAACGCUUCAUUCCUAAUCUUUCAGUUCGGUUGUUAGCAACAUUAUUUUUUUAUUUUUUACAGUCUGCUCAUAACUUUGUCAGCCGACCACUUGAAGCUCGUUUAACUCUGUCAUUGGUGAGUAUGAUUUGUGUGUGUGUGUGUGUGUGUGGUUUCCGUGGCGAUGAUUGUCUAUUCCCAGCCCUGGUAAUUGCAGUAGCUUGUAAAUCAGGUUUUAACUCAAGAAUGUUAAAGGAACCUCUAUGCAACGCUUGCCUCUUGGUUUUUAUUCUGUGGCAGUCUCAACUGACAAGCACUUAGCUGAGAAUGUAUAUUCAUGAUCUCCACUCUCCCGCAUGGAUGUAUUAUAAAACAUAUCUCACAGCAGAACUUAAUUUUUGCUCUGAACCUCGAUGAUCGCCUCUCUAUCGUCUGACAUUGAACGUAAUCUGGUGCAUCUUUCCUGGUACUUUGACAAGGUGCGGUGACUGAGCCCCAUGGGAAGACGGAGGGAAAAUGUUCUGAAUCGUAGUUUUCACUCCCAAACAUGUCCAUUUCUCUUCUUCUGUACUACUUAAUAUGUAGCAUCGGUAACAAGGUGUCAACGUAUAGAAUCAGUCAUUUUUCAGCUGACAUAGAAAUGGCAAACUUAAUUUCUUCCAUUGUCCCACAGAGGACAGACUCAUUGUACCUCUGGUCCCGUGGUGGAGGUGGACGAUCACUGACCAUGAGAAGGAACCAAAGAUGUUUCCUUUUUUUUGUCUUUUGCAGUACUUUUAUCUGGCCCUGUAUAUUUUGUUUCUUGUUAAAUAAAAGAUGUACUGGUGUAUA